AUGAGUUCCGGACAACGCGGUGGUGCAGCUGCCUACGAAGAGGAGUGCUUGGACGCACUUUUUGCAGCUCUUCGUCUUCCGUCAGGAGCGUUGGAGCUCGAUGCGAGCGCUGUUUUGGACGAUGAGGGCAAGUCACUCGAGACAGCAGAUGGAGACUCGUUUAAUUUCGUCCGUUACCUCUCCGAGUUGGAAGACAUAGUUUUGCACCUUUCGACGGAGGACGACCUUCCCGAAGAUUUGCUACUCCCUAGCCGCGAAAGCUCUGAAGGGUUUUCUGGUCGUCCGGACAUAAACGAUCCCGAAUCUGGGGAAGUAGUGAGCGCAAGUGUUUCAGCGGCGGCCGCUGCAACAGAGACUCUUCCCACCUCGCCUCAGGCCAGACAAAUUGCUCCCUUGCAGACUACGUUUGGAGUGGGAUCGUUUCUACCAUUUAUUGCGAACGCAACAGCACGGCCCGACAUGCAACGCACUUCUGCAGUUGCCCCAAGGCGGGUAGUCGAUCAGAAGAAACGACGCAUCCGAAAAAUGUAG